AUGCGAGUCUCUCAGCUGUGCUUUACCCUCGUUGCGUCUGUGGUAUCUGUAGAUGCUCAUAUUGCUCUAUGGGACGAAGGGAUGUACGGAUGGGAUCCCAAUGAUCCUAAUCAAUCUGAACCUGUUCUUCCACUGAUGCAUCUCCCAUUCAACGAAUGGUGGUUCCACGGGUACAUCGACAAACCCCCUGCCGACGGAAAGAUCAUGAACCUCCCUUCCGGCGGGACAUACCACGGUCAAGUAGCUUGUAACAAGGCUCUAACGAGCUAUGGUCAAAACGAUUAUCAACAAACCGGUAUCUACGCUUGUGAUGGGGAUGGUGCAACCGGUGGGAUAGGUGCGAUGCACACUUCAGAUCAAUGGGCUUCACCUGAUCCAAAGGACGUUAAAGGAUGUGGAAUUGCCAUAGCUUAUGAAUCAGAUGUCAACAAGAUCCAACCUGCAGAUUUUACUGUGAUUUCAGUCAAUUAUACUUGUCCAUGGUUCAAAAAUGUCGAUUUCCAAAUUCCCUCUGAUCUCCCACCGUGCCCCGAAGGAGGUUGUCAUUGUAUGUGGGGGUGGAUUCAUGCCGCAGAUGCCGGAAGUGAACAGAAUUAUUUCCUGGGGUAUAGAUGUAAUAUCACGGAUGCUACUGGUAUAACUCCUUUACCAUCUCCUAAAACCGCAAACAAGUGUAAUUACCCUACGGACACUUCCAACUGUACUGUAGGUGCUAAACAGCCUCAUUAUUGGUACCAGGCAGAGAGGAAUAACAAUCCUCAAGGAGAAUACGAUCCUCCUUUCUACAACAAUGAAUAUGGAUUUAUCAAUGGUGCUCAGACCGACUUGUUUGCCGCCGUCGGUGGAAACGAAUCAGCCACAACCGCAGUUUCAGCUUCGGCUUCUUCAGUAUCAGCUUCUGCCAAUUCCGCUUCUUCGGUCGCAGCGUCAGGUGCCUUUGGCGAUUCACAACCUUCUACUACCGUGGCUUCUGCUUCCGAAUCCGCCACUUCCAUCUCAAUCUCACAAGAAGGUACCACUCAGACUACUGUGACUGUACAAACCACUAUGACUCGAUCAGCCAGUAUCGCCGCUCAAGUGGCUAUCGCAACUUCCGAUCCUUCCCCUUCUUCGUCCUCGACUGCUACAUCAUCGGCAACGUCUUCCGCUACAGCUACUGCCGGUAGCGGAAAGACAUGUUCGGUCCAAAAGAAGAAAAGACAUUUGGAGAGGUUGAUCAAUUCCCCAGAUUUGAUCAAGAAGCAUUUGGAAAGAAGGGAAAGGAGGAAAGAGAGAUUGAGGAAGAGAAGGAUCGAAAGUGGAGUGAAGAUUGCUAAGAUGGUUUGA